GCACUGCACUGAAAAACUGCCUUGUUACAGGUGCCCCUCCACCUACACCCUUUCUUAUAUCAAGAGGGGAAAAACACGGAACUAUCUCUACCCACUGUGGUCACCAUUUGCCUAUUAUCUCUACUGCUACAAAUACCGGGUCACCCUCCGGGAAAAGAUGCUACCGUGUUGGCCUUGUUAUAAAAGCAUCACUUAUAAGGAAGAGGAGGACUUGACACUCCGGCCCCGUUGUUGCCUUCAGUGCUCCUGAGUCCCUAGCAGGACUCCGGGCGGGUGGAAACACCAAGCAGGGUGACCAGGAUCAACUUAAGGAACUGUAUUCAGCUGGGAACCUGACAGUGCUCGCUACUGAUCCCCUGCUCCACAAACACCCGGUGCAGUUAGACUUCCACUUCCGCCUCACCUCCAAGACCUCUGCCCACUGGCACGGCCUCCUCUGUGACCAUCGACUCUUCCUGGAUAUCCCUUAUCGGGCCUUGGAUCAAGGCAACAGGGAAAGUUUGACUGCAACCUUAGAAUAUGUGGAGGAGAAGACCAGUGUGGACUCCGUGUUUGUAAACUUCCAAAACAACCGGAAAGACAGAGGCGCCCUGCUAAGAGCCUUCAGCUACAUGGGCUUUGAAGUUGUUAGACCAGGUCAUCCUGCUCUCCCUCCCUGGGACAAUGCCAUCUUUAUGGUAUAUCCCCUUGAAAGGGAUCUUGGCCACCUGCCCAGUGAGCCUCCCUGAAUGUGCUGAUUCGGGCUUGGCACCUUGAAUAACUGGGAACCAAGGCCCAGGGAUAUGACUCAGAACACCUUUCCAUCCUAGGGAUUAAAGGGUAGUGCAAUC